UUCACCAAGCCCUCCUGACUCAACAAAUAAAUAACAAUCACACCCUUUUAUCUUCGAGUCUUCUAAUAAUUCUCUUGUUUGCCUUCAUCAACAGUUCAUGCUAAUGGGCAUCCCUCACUUUCUUUGUAUACCAUUUCCAGUUCAAGGACAUGUGAACCCCCUUAUGCAAUUCUCUCAGCUUUUGGCCAAGCAUGGUUGCAAGGUCACUUUUGUGCACACUGAGUUCAACCACAAACGAGCCAAGACUUCUGGUGCUGACAACCUCGAGCAUUCGCAAGUAGGGUUGGUGACUCUCCCUGAUGGUUUGGAUGCUGAAGAUGACAGAAGUGAUGUUACGAAAGUUCUUUUGUCUAUUAAAAGCAACAUGCCUGCUUUGCUUCCAAAGCUCAUAGAAGAUGUUAAUGCCUUGGAUGUUGACAAAAAGAUCACAUGUAUUAUUGUUACAUUUACUAUGAGUUGGGCUUUGGAAGUUGGCCACAGACUGGGAAUCAAAGGGGCUCUUCUGUGUCCAGCAUCUGCAACUUCCUUGGCUUCUGUUGCUUGCAUCCCAAAGCUGAUUGAUGAUGGCAUUAUUGAUUCUCAAGGACUUCCUACCAAAAAACAAGAAAUUCAACUCUCUCCAAAUAUGCCUACGAUGAACACACAAAACUUUCCAUGGCGUGGCUUUAAUAAGAUAUUCUUUGACCAUCUUGUGCAAGAGCUGCAAACUUCGGAGUUAGGAGAGUGGUGGCUUUGCAACACUACUUAUGAUCUUGAGCCUGGAGCAUUUUCCAUAUCACCAAAGUUCCUAUCCAUUGGGCCAUUGAUGGAGAGUGAGAGCAACAAAAGUUCAUUCUGGGAAGAAGACACAACUUGCUUAGAGUGGUUAGAUCAACAACAACCUCAAUCUGUCAUAUAUGUUUCCUUUGGCAGUUUAGCAGUAUUGGAUCCAAACCAAUUUGGAGAAUUAGCUCUUGCACUUGAUCUCCUUGACAAGCCUUUUAUUUGGGUUGUACGUCCAAGUAAUGACAACAAGGAAAAUGCUAAUGCAUACCCACAUGAUUUUCAUGGAAGUAAAGGUAAAAUAAUUGGUUGGGCACCACAGAAGAAGAUAUUGAACCACCCUGCAUUGGCUUGCUUCAUUAGUCACUGUGGUUGGAAUUCUACCCUUGAAGGUGUAUGUGGUGGCGUACCUUUCUUGUGUUGGCCAUUAGCCCAGGAUCAGUUUGUUAACAAGUCACAUAUUUGUGAUGUGUGGAAGGUUGGAUUGGGAUUAGACAAGGAUGAGAAUGGAUUCAUAUCAAAGGGAGAGAUAAGGAAGAAGGUAGAGCAAUUACUUGGUGAUGACUGCAUAAAAGCAAGGUCAUUGAAACUGAAGGAAUUGACCUUGAAUAACACAGUAGAAGGUGGUCACUCUUCAAAGAAUCUCAAAAACUUUAUCAGCUGGGCAGAUUAAUAAUGCUUUGGUAUAGUUUGGA